AUGUUGAAAAAGAUUUCUCCACCGAUUCCAAGGAUACGUUCUAUCCUUCAGAGCUUGGGAAAUUUCCCGUUUUCUUCCAAAACUGAUGACAAAGAUGCUCAAGCUUUGGCAGAAGCCAAGGAUGCUGAGAAUAAGGAGCUAAGGGAGAAGGAGGAGGAAAAUGAGACACUUAUUGAAGACGUUCAGCAAAAACAUCGAUUACAAAAAAAGGAGAAAAAGAGGCAGGACAAGGCGGCUAAGAAGCAGAAGAGGUUGGAAGAGAAGGAAAAGAAAGAUCUGGCGUAUAAGGAGAAGAUGGAAAGAAAGGAGAAGAAGAAGGAAGAAGAGAAGAAUAAGAAGGAACAAGAGAAGAAGGACGAAGAGAACAAGAAGGAACAAGAGAAGAAGGACGAAGAGAACAAGAAGGAACAAGAGAAGGAGAAGGAACAAGAGAAGGAGAUGGAGAAG